UCUCUGUAUUGACCAGCUAAGUCUCAGUGCCGCGGGAAGAAUCGUGGGACAAACCACCCCUUGGAGAGCUGGCGAUGCCGGAAGCUGCGGGGAUCCCCCCGCCAAAAUCCACGAGGUGACAUAGGACUCAGAACCCAGGAGCAUGACGCUUGAGGGGCGAGAGGCAGCUGGCCAGCCUCAAGCCACCGUGGGGCCCCCGGCCAAUGGCAGUGGGCCAAGCCAGGAGUUGGAAGGCCAUUGGCCAGAAAUCCCGGAGAGGUCCCCAUGUGUGGCUGGUGUCAUCCCUGUCAUCUACUACAGCAUCCUGCUGGGCCUGGGGCUGCCUGUCAACCUCCUGACCACAGUGGCCUUGGCCCGGCUGGCCGCCAGGACCAGGAAGCCCUCCUACUACUACCUUCUGGCGCUCACAGUCUCGGAUAUCGUCACCCAGGUGGUCAUCGUGUUCGUGGGUUUCCUCCUGCAGGGCGCCGUGCUGGCCCGGGAGGUGCCCCGGGCUGUGGUGCGCACGGCCAACAUCCUGGAGUUUGCUGCCAACCAUGCCUCCGUCUGGAUUGCUGUCCUGCUCACGGUCGACCGGUACAGCGCCCUGUGCCAUCCCCUGCACCACCGGGCCGCCUCAUCCCCAGGCCGGACCCGCCGAGCCAUCGUCGCUGUCCUCGGUGCUGCCCUGCUGACCGGCAUCCCCUUCUACUGGUGGCUGGAUGUGUGGAGGGACGCGGACCCCCCCAGCAUGAUGGAUGAGGCCCUCAAGUGGGCUCACUGUCUCAUCGUCUACUUCAUCCCUUGUGGCGUUUUCCUGGUCACCAACUCGGCCAUCAUCUGCCGGCUGCGGAGGAGGAGCCAGAGUGGGCUGCGGCCCCGGGUGGGCAAGGGUACAGCUAUCCUCCUGGGCGUCACCACGCUCUUCACCCUCCUUUGGGCACCCCGGAUCUUUGUCAUGCUCUACCACCUGUAUGUGGCCCCUGUCCACCGGGACUGGAGGGUCCACCUGGCCUUGGACGUGGCCAACAUGGCGGCCAUGCUCAACACAGCAGUCAACUUCAGCCUCUACUGCUUUGUCAGCAAGACUUUCCGGGCCACCAUCCGAGAGGUCAUCCAUGAUGCCCACCUGCCCUGCAUCCUGGGGUCACAGCCAGAGGGCAUGGUGGUGGAACCUGUGCUAAAGCCCCCGGGAAUUCCCAAAGGGGCAGAAUUGUAGAGGAGGGGCCCAGCCAGGGUGCUCAGGUGUGGCUCAGGGCCAGAUAUACUGCUGCCUUUGUGGUGUGCCCACAAAAGUGUGACACCCUACUUUGCAACUAGGGGUCGGGGAAAGGCUCCUUCCUGUGGGGGCGGCUCCCUGGGUGCAGCUCUCCCAUUAGCUUCACCAGCAACUCCCACUUCUUGGGACAAGGAGAGGGCUCUGCCAGGCACAGGCUGAUAGUGUCAGCUGCCUUGGCAUUCCUUUGUAAGGGACAUUUCACCAGGCACGUUAUGAAGGCUAGAUUGACAUUGAUUGGAUGAGUGAAUGAAAGGCAAGAUGGAUGGAUGGAUGGAUGGAUGGAUGGAUGGAUGGACAGACAGGUAUGAAUGGUUUCCAGCCACCACCACCCCCACCCCUCUCCCCCAGAGCCUAUAUCUCCCUCCCCGAGUCAAUCACUACUCUGGCUUCCAGUGGCCAGGGUGGAAGGAAGUUAUCUGCAGGAUUCCAGCAUAUUCUGGCUGGGGGAACCGAACGUUUUGCUUGGGAAAGGGGAUGAUCUUAAAGCAGAUUAGAUGUCCCAGCCCUGGGGCGACAGAACCCCUUGAGUCUCAAGCAUCCUGGUUGGAUUCCACUUAACUCCCUGCCCUGGAGCCAGAAUAGGUUCAGGGGCCCAGAAUAGCCUAGGGUUUUCAUUGUUGCUGAUGAGAAAGGAAGUGCCCUCUCAGCCUAGGGGCAGGGGGAUGGGAAGGGAGGACCUAACCCAUUCCACUUGGAGGACGGCCUCUUUCUCCAUUAUGGGGAGGGAGGAGAUGGCCCAGCGGAUUGGGUCCCUGGGGCUCUGCCUGCCCCUCCCAGCCUCUCCUGGGCUCUGGGAAAGGCAGCUGGGAGAGAUUAGCAGAUGCACCUCCCACCUGCUCCAGGCUUUUGGGUAAACACAUUAGCGGCUGCUUUCUGCUUUCUAGUCAGUCUGGCUGAGCUGACCUUUCCCCCGAAUGGGAGGUCCAGGCUGGGGCCCACCAGCACUCAACCCCUUAGUGGCGUGGCCAAGGCGAAAGAGCCAGAAAUGCAUGCUAUCAGUGCAGAAUAAAUGCUCAACUUUCCCUCUUUCCUCUUCUCUCCAGAACAAGUGUCCAGGAGGGGACUCUCAGCCACACCCAAAGGGGAAAAAGGCAGGCUCUUCAGCUUUUAUCCCUAAUUCUAAACUUUAUCCGUAAUUCUAUUUUUUAAGUUUAUUUAUUUACUUUUGAGAGAGAGAGAGCACACGUGGGGCAGGGGC